GCACUCCCUGCAAACUCUCGAGCUGGAAAACAGAUUCCUAUCCGUCUUGCAUUCGGAGAGAUGAAGGUGCUAGAGGAAACCUGCUCUAUUUAGGAAGAAUCCAAGGACUCUCCAUCAGGAGAAGUCAAGAAGACAGGGGUUAAAAUGAAUGAAGACCUGAAGGUUAAUUUAAGCUGGCUGCCUCAGGAUCAUUUAGAUGCCAGUCCUCCGGAGAAUGUCUCAGCUGCAGUUUCCUCCUUGAUUCCGGUCAUAGAACCAGAGCCAGAGCUCAUAGUAAACCCCUGGGACAUUGUUUUGUGUACUUCAGGAACCCUCAUCUCCUGCGAAAAUGCCAUUGUGGUCCUUAUAAUUUUCCAUAACCCCAGCCUGCGUGCACCCAUGUUUCUCCUGAUAGGCAGUCUGGCACUCGCAGACCUAUUGGCAGGAAUUGGAUUGAUCAUCAAUUUUAUUUUUGCCUACCUGCUUCAGUCAGAAGCUACCAAGCUGGUCACGAUAGGACUGAUUGUCGCCUCUUUCUCAGCCUCUGUCUGCAGCUUGCUGGCUAUCACUGUCGAUCGUUACCUCUCGCUGUAUUAUGCUUUGACUUAUAAUUCCGAAAGGACUGUCACAUUUACCUAUGUCAUGCUUAUAAUGCUCUGGGGAGCUUCUAUCUGUCUCGGACUGCUGCCUGUCAUGGGCUGGAACUGCCUCAAAGACGAAUCCACUUGCAGUGUGAUCAGACCUCUCACUAAGAAUAAUGCCGCUAUCCUUUCUGUCUCCUUCCUGCUCAUGUUUGCUCUCAUGCUCCAGCUAUAUAUCCAGAUCUGUAAGAUUGUGAUGAGGCACGCCCAUCAGAUUGCCUUGCAGCACCAUUUCCUGGCCACAUCGCACUAUGUGACCACCCGGAAAGGAGUCUCUACUCUGGCUAUUAUUUUGGGGACCUUUGCCGCUUGCUGGAUGCCUUUCACCCUCUAUUCUUUGAUAGCAGACUACACCUAUCCCUCUAUAUAUACUUAUGCUACCCUUCUUCCAGCUACCUACAAUUCCAUCAUCAACCCUGUGAUAUAUGCCUUCAGAAAUCAAGAAAUACAGAAAGCUCUCUGGCUUAUUUGCUGCGGCUGCAUCCCUUCCAACCUCUCCCAGAGAGCCAGGUCGCCCAGUGAUGUGUGAUGAUACACAGCUUAGGAGAAUGCUGGCCUCUUAACACUGUCUUUUCCAGACACUUUCUCACCAUCUAGUUGUUGGUUAGAUGCUCUUAUUGAAUUCAGCUCAGCCACGGUAGGCACUUAACAUUUGUCAAAGAAAACCUCAUUAACCUAGAAGAGUUAAGUGGCUGGAGAAAGUGGGUUUCAAAAUAAUCAGUGUUUUUAUUCAACUUUAUUGUCUUGCACUUUGCUCAGGAUUUUUUUUUGUUUCUGGGAAGAGAGUGGGAAAGGAAUGGUAGAUAACCAUGGUAUCGAUUAAGCUCCUCUAAACUAAUAUCUCAGCUGUCACUUGAUUUCUAAAUGAACCUUAUCAAUAAAGGAAAGGAGAAAAGGAGAGACUUAAAGAUCUUUUCUAGAAUCGUUUGUAUAAUUAAAAUAAUUUCUCAAUCCUGUAUGUUUUCAAGAAGGAAAAAAAAAUUUUUAAACCAACAAGAGAGGAUAAAAGAAGUAUAUAUCACUUUGACCUGGUUUCAUUAUCAUAAACCCAAUUAUAAACCACCAGAUUACAUUUUAAAGCCAUGGCCCACUUUUUAAAAAAGUGUUAAUCUUGGUAACUACCAUCCACUGAGAAUUAAUUUUAGAUUACUGUGUUGAAAUAACAUCUGCACAAGUGUCAUUAUUAACUGGACCUCUAUAUCCAGAUAUUACCACCUAAGUAUAGAUGAUAAGCCAGAACAGCAUGUAGUUUUGACAAUUUUCUUCUAACAUUAACUGAGUCCCCUUUGGGUUUGUAGCUGAUAGAGGACUGGUUUGAUGCAACUAUUUUAGUAUUCAGAUUUUUUUUCCUAUGGUAUGAAAGGGGCAAUGUGAGGAAAUCUACUAAUGUAAAUAGAAAAAAUUUAUUUUAUGGAAAUAAGGACAUUGGUGAGAAGGGAAUUGUGGUACAUAUCUAUAGUGAUUUUCUUUUCUAUAUACAGCUAUAAAUGUAUCAACAGUCAUUUCCAGUUUUUAAUUUUUUUGUUACAAUUUUGGAUAUUAUAAAUUGAAUGUUUCUAGCUCAAAGUUCCAUGCUGCAAAAAUGGAUUUGAACUGUGGUCUUCUGUCUUCAUAGUUGAUUCAAUUUGUGAGUGCAUAUACAAAUCAGGUUGAAUGCUCUAUAGAAUGAGAAUUUCCAAACCACUAUGUGACCCUUCAUAAAAGGUAAAAUGUAGGUUGUUUUCUAUCCAUCCACUAAAAAGAACAUUAAAAUGCAAUAAAACUAGGAUAUUUAUUUUCAGAGAAAAAGAUUUUCAUCAAAGUAAUUUAAUGAUGAAUGCAAUAUCAAUUGUAUCAUAACUUAGUGGUGAGUUUGUGAGCAUCAUUCCAUUAAUGUUGACAAAUUUCAAGUGAAGAAAUCUCCAGGCAAACAGCAGUGGAAUUUUGCCUCACUCUACACCCACAGAAGCAGAACUUUUAGACAACCAAUUGGCUCUGACCAUCUAUAUGGUGGCCUGAUUGAAAGAACCAAUCCUUUGAGGUCUCUGCUGAUUGCAUGGAUCUGAAGCUGGAUCAUGCUGAUCUGUUUAACCACAAGUCACACUCAAAAUGGUUCUCACAACAAUACCACAAUUCUAUAGAAUAUUGUCGAAGUAGCCACAUAGAGUAUGUGCCAAUGCUAUUUGCUUUGGUAAACCAGUAUUAGCAACUUGGCUAUUUGAAUCACACUCUAUUGUUAUGGGCUAAUUAUGGAAUCCAUUAACAGUUAAAUUCUUUGUAAAGCACAUCACUAUGUGACUUUUGAUGCUGUUUGGUAGUGGGGUUGGGGAUUCUGUCCCAUGCAUGGAAAUUCUAAUGUUCAUAUGAAUGGUUAUUUAAAUGUGAUGGAUUUCUUUUCGAUUAAGUAGCAUUCAUUAUAAUCUGAAUUAAAUAAAUGACAAAAAAUAAGCUGGCUUUAUAUAUAGUCUGGGAUGACUCCUUCUAGACCAAGUUUUAAUGACAACAGUGUGUACUUUGAUGGAAAACUACACCUUUUAAAUACAUCUUCUGCUUACUUCAAUGUCAUUUCAAGGAUGUUGGUUAUGUAGAAUGAAUGCACUCUCUACAGAUGCAUCCAGCAACUCCUCCAUGCUUCGUGAGUUGCCAUGACUAAAACUAAAAUCAAAACAAAAAAAAGCCAAAAAAUCCUCAUCUCUUGGUGGCCAACCUGGUGGUCAGAUCUUUUCUGAACCUAAUUGGUUUGGUCCUCAAAUGACAAAGACCUACAAUCAAUUCAUACCUUAUAACCAAGGCUUUUCUAGCUUGAGUUUUCAAAGCUUCUGUUCCCAAUAGACUACAAGGAAUCAGGCCACUCCCAAACCAUGAUGAGGUAGGAUUUGAGUGCAGAUUACAUCUAUUAGUUGCUUAAAUUUGGGAUAGAUAAGAGUGAUAAAAUCACCUGGCUUUUUCAGAAUUUUCAAUUAAGAUAUUAAAAAUGAUUAUAGUUAUAGUUUUAAAUUUUUGUGUGCUUAAAAAUUGCAAUUAUCCAUUUGCCUAUUUGCAUAUCUUCUUGCAUCAUAUCCUGUUCUGAGAAUGUGUAGCAGUUGUUUUUGUCCACCAUUUGCAAACUAGCAUCAGAAAAGAUGUAUUUCUUUUUUUAAAAUUCUGUAUUAAAAAAAUCAGCCUUCCUUUUCAGAAUUAAAAAUGCAGAAAUAUUGAAAUGGACACUAUAUGAUUCUAGAUCCACUCUUUUGUCCCAAACAUAUCUGUAUGAAUGCUGUAAUAAUUUAGCAUAAGUUUUGACUGAGUGAAAAAUACUUUUGCACCUGCAGCUUCCCCCUUCACCUGUUUAUUUAUUUUCAUAUUAAUAUAAACUAGCAGUAUUCAGUGGUUGUCGUAUUAUUUAUUUGGACACAUUUUAAUAGUAAUAGUAGUAGUAUUACUAGUAGUAGACUGAUUUUAGAUGUCCAGAAACUGUUUUUCAAAUCACAUGUUAACUGUGAUGUUUAUUUUUAAUCUUUGAUGGUUUCAAAGUGCUAAGUGUAUAUAGCUUCUUUGUGUGUAUAUGAAUGUGUGUAUGCCAACAAUUUACCCAGUACUUCCAAAUAUUCAUCAUGACAAAAUAUGUUAUAGAAGAUAAAUUAUGUCUACAAUGCCUCUGAUAUAAGAGAUCAUCUUUGUCUGUCGUGCUGUCCCAAUUUCUAACUAUUAAGUAAGGAAUCUUAUUUAUGUUUCCAACAGUAACAAUUCAUCACAUUGGUGAUUCCUAUUACCUUAGCUCAAUCUUCAUUUAUUUGCCUGAUGAUUGCUUCUUUUUUUUUUUCUUUUAACUCCUGGUUUUUGUUGUUG